AUGUUACUUUUGGAUGCAACUGACCAUCAAUUACUUCAAAAUUUCAUUGAUAUUGAACCAAACAGGAGAUAUAUCACAUGGGCAAGACAUAUACGAAAAGCAACAAAGGAUAAACUGAUAAUAGAAGAAGAUAUGGCUUUCUUACAACAUCGUCUUCUAUCUACAACAUUAAAAUCAGCAUCUAGUUUACUACAUAAAAUCAUAAAUAAUAUUAAUACAAAUAUUCAAAAACUCAAUGAUCCAUCAACAUGA